AUGAGAAUUUUACACAAAUUGGGAAAGAACGUGUUCCAAACGGCUAGAAGAAGCUUCUCCCUGGUGACGAAGCAAGCACAUGAUUUUACGGCCCAGGGGUUGAACAAAAAUAACGAAAUUAUAAAUGUGCAGUUAUCCUCGUACAUUGGGAAGAAGUAUUGCUGCCUGCUGUUUUACCCCUUAAAUUACACCUUCGUAUGCCCAACGGAAAUAAUAGAAUUUAAUAAGCAUGUAAAAUCUUUUGAAGAGAAAAAUGUGGAACUGUUAGGAAUAUCAGUAGAUUCCGUAUACAGCCAUUUGGCAUGGAAAAAUAUGCCCAUUGAAAAAGGAGGAAUAGGCAAUGUCAACUUUACACUAGUGUCAGAUCUAAAUAAAGAAAUAUCAAAAAUGUAUAAUGUGCUGUACGAGAAUUCUUUCGCAUUGAGAGGGUUAUUUAUAAUCGACUUACAAGGUAAGGUUAGACAUCAAACUGUUAAUGAUUUACCUCUUGGAAGAAGUGUGGAUGAAGUUUUAAGGACAAUAGAUUCGAUUAUUCAUGUAGAUAAGACUGGUGAUGUGUGUCCAAUUAACUGGAAAAAGGGAGCCAAGUCAUUUCAGCCAACAAAUGAUUCUCUCCUGAAUUAUUUAAACACAGAGGUGAAGAAGGAAUAA